AUCAACACUCCCAAUACCUUUCACCAAAGCAAAAAUGUCUGACAACAGCGCUACCAUCCCCCAGGACCCUACCCAGGCUCAGGACCAGACCAUGGCCGAGAACAAGGGAAAGGGCAAGGCUCUUGCUGAGCAGGUCACCGAGGACACUGCUAUGGAUGAGGAUGAGGAUGACGACGAGAGCGAUGAAGAGGAAGAGGUCGCUGAGGCUGACGAGGACGGCUUGGAGGAGAUUGACCUCAACAACAUUGUCGAGGGUCGCCGCACCCGUGGUGCCCAGAUCGACUUUGCCAAGGCCGCAGAGCAACACCCUGCCGAGGACGAGGAUGAGGAAGACGAUGAGGACUUCCAGCCCGCCGAGGACAGGGACACCAAGAUGUCCGACUAAACGCACAUCGCGACUUUCACUCCUGACGAACCGAUCUAUACAGGGUGGAAUGGGUACGAUGAUAUGAUUUUGGAACUGAGUAAUAAACAAAAGGGAUGGGGCGUGGAUGAUUAUACCUGUUUUACCCACGACCCCCAGGCACAUACUCGGGGGUCUAGGCGGCUUGGAGUCGUGGAUAGCAUCGGCCACCUUUAGCAUUCACUGCUUUGCUUUGCAUAUAUUCUGUACGCUUACAGUUCACGUGUAGAAAGAGCAACACAGAAUGACAUUAAUACAGUCAAAAA